AUGACACUGUUUGGUAUUCUCAAUCGGACGCCAUUGCAAAACACGGUGGUCAACGCUGUAAGGUCUCCGGUGACAGAAUGCGGAUCUGCAACAAUCACAGUUAAUCCUUCAUCCACAAUGUCUCAACAGCCACGUCAGGUGAUUCAUUUGCCGAAGGUCAGAAUGUUAAGCCGCGGAGGCCGAUCCUCUUCGGGUGUACGGAUCACCAAUGUGAAAUCCAUUAAACCGCCAGAUCCCGAUGCAGUGAAGAAGCAAGAGGAAGAUCGACUUAGGGCUCAGCUUCAACAAGAAAUAGUAUCCCGUUCUCGUACAUGUGCUUACAAGAGUUACGAGUGCACGCUCCCCGUGUUGUCCGGACGUCAGUAUUGCUACAGGCAUAUACUACGAGACCCCACCGCCCCUUACAGACAGUGUGCACACACAUACAACAAUGGGGAAAGAUGUCCUAUGCCUGCCCCUGAUGAGCAACGAGAGCCUAGAGACCCUGGGUUGUGCUUCGAACACGCGCGGGCCGCGCUGUUGUCGCGCCAGCGCAGCGCCGCGCCGCCACCGCCCGUCGCCACCACCGAGACGCUGCUCAACCAACUACAACACUAUGUCAAACCAGAGCGGCCGCGUACCACGUCGUGUGCGUCAUCGGUGUCAGUAGUCAGCGAUCCCGGUGAGCAAGAACCAGUUACGCCGCAAGCAGUCGAUCCAUUUAAGCAGAUCGACGCGACCGCAAUAAACGCGGCGUACUCCUCGUCUGUCAUGGAGUGCGCCAGCUGCAGCGACAGCGACGGCGACAGCGUCACGCUCGGGCCCGACGGGAACUGUCGCGCGGGCGACCACGACGAUCUGUCCGAUGCUGAGGAUGCUCCUUGUGAAGAACAACCUUUGUGGCACGCGGGCGUAUUCACGGCGGAGGAGGCGGUGAGCGAGGCGCAGAACGUGCUCGGCCUGCUGCAGGGCGCCUACCUGCGCCAGCUCGAGCGACUGCGCGUGCUGCUGCAGGCCGAGCGCCUCAACUACCUCCGGGGGGUCAAGACUGAGAAGGAACAGUAUUGCAGUAUAAACAGCCAGGCCCGGAGCGGUCCCCUGACUGUGCAUGAACGGCGCCAGCUGCGGAAACUAAAGGCCUACGCCAGCUACCAUAAGAAACAUGGCGUCGACGCCGUACUCGCCAGGAAACUGCUGCAUAAAAGGGCUAAGGUCAGUGAUCCAUGUCCCAAUCGACCGAUCCCUUCUCAGGGGCGCUGCACUUUCACAGAAGGAGGAGUGCGAUGUCCGCUACAUGUUGUACCUGCAUCAAAACACUGUCUCAAGCACAUACUGCAUGAUAGACAACAGGUGUUAUUCGCGGCAUGCGGCGACAUCCGCGGCGUGUCGUCGUGCCGCGAGCCCGUGUCGAAGCUGCCGCUGCCGUCUGCCACGUGCCGCUACCACACAGACCCACCUGUGUAUACUGUGUUUACACUUAAAAAAGACGAAUCGGACAGUGAUACAGAAUCCCACUCAACAUCAGACGCUGAAUCCCAUCAUACAGAGAUCACAGAAGAAGUUGCACUAACCACCGACCACUCUGUUGAUGACAGACAGGACAUCGGCGAGGUGAUAAUACCGCCGGAUACAUCGUACGAAUGA